UAUAAGCAUAACAGUGUACAUUCUAUUGCAUUUUGGUUUUGUUUUCAGAAAAUGCCGCCUAAGAGAAAAUAUGAUAAUAGUUACAUUAAAUUUGGAUUUACUUCGAUAGAAAGUAAUGGAGAAAUAAAACCACAAUGUGUUAUAUGCGCAACUGUUCUCGCAAACGAAGCCUUGAAGCCAGCGAAAUUAAAACGUCACCUAGAAACGAUUCAUCCAAAUUUUUCUGACCGACCACCAGAGUUCUUUCAAGGAAAAUUGGAGAAUUUAAAAAAAAAUGAAACUCGGGCCUAGUGGUACAAGAUAUGCAUCAUCAGAAAAAACAUUAGUAGCAUCGUUUGAGAUAUCGAAAUUAAUAGCACAAUCAAAAAAGACUCACACAAUAGGAUAAACUCUUGUGAAACCUUGUUUGAUCAAAGCCGUCGAAGAAGUUUUAGGGUUAGAAGCAAAAAAAAAAAGAAUACAAGAUAUACCUUUGUCGAACAACACGGUGAAAGCUAGAAUUGAACUCAUGUCAAAUGAUAUCGAGGAGCAACUUGUUUCAAGAAUUAAAAUGUCGCCAUUCUUCGCUUUGCAGUGCGAUGAAUCCACUGACAUUUCUAAUUGUGCUCAGUUACUCGUUUUUGUCCGCUUUUUAGACGACGACAACAUAAUCAAAGAAGAACUGUUGUUUUCUCAGGAACUGGAAAUGACAUCAAGAGGUAUCGACGUCAUGAAUAUAAUAAUUGGAUAUUUCCAGAAAUAUGGCAUUAUGUGGGAAAAGCUAGUCGGUUUCUGUACGGAUGGUGCUCCUGCGAUGUUAGGAUCACAUUCCGGGCUAGCAACGUUAAUCAAACAGAGGAAUCCGUCAACAUUAACAUCGCAUUGUAUCCUUCAUCGCCAGGCGUUAGCUUCCAAGACUCUUCCUAAAUGCCUUAAUGAUACAAUGAAAUUGGCCAUAAAAGUAGUAAAUGUCAUUAAAAGCAGUGCCAUAAAUUCACGCCUUUUUAAAAAAAAACUGUGCACUGAAAUGGACUCCAACCAUGAGAAUCUCCUCUUUCACACAGAGGUUCGUUGGUUGUCGAAAGGCAAUAUGCUGGAAAGAUUAUACGAGCUGAGAGGAGAGAUUGAGUUGUUUCUAGGUGAGAAAAAAAUGGAAGACUUACUAGUACAGUUUUCUGAUUUGACAUCCCAGAUGCAUUUGGCAUAUCUUGUGGAUAUUUUUACACACUUAAAUAAGUUGAACUUGCAAAUGCAAGGUUCAGGAAACAGGCAAUUAGAAGGCGUUGCAAAUAUUUUUAAUUUUGAAGAUAAACUUCGUGCUUUUAUUUGCAAACUUAAGUUAUGGAUUAGUCAAGUUGGCGAGGGCAAUUUUAGUGCGUUUGCAACAUUAAAGGCACUCCUUGACGACAAAGAGUAUGUCAUGUUUAGGGAAAGCAUACAAAAAAAAACAGCAAAUGUCAUUUGCAAAUGUUGGUUGAUGAAUUCAACAGUUACUUCCCAGAAUAUAACAAUACAGAAGCUAAUGUGGACCAAAAACUGAUACGCAACCCUUUUGGCACUAACGCUAGAGAAGUUGCAGAAGAAAUCCAAGAAGAACUUAUUGAAUUACAAAAUGACAGGAACUAUAAGGACGCUUUUGAAUCUGAUUCUUUGGAGACGUUUUGGUGUAAGAAAGCAAUUUUAUAUACUAAAAUUCGAGAAAUCGCUUUGCGCUAUCUUAUGCUUUUCUCAACAACUUAUUUAUGCGAACAAGGAUUUUCUGCAUUACUGAUCAUUAAAAACAAAUCCAGGAAUCGACUGAAAGUAAGUGAUGACAUGCGUGUAGCUUUGAGCAAAAAUAUUACCCCAAGAAUUCAAGAUCUUGUACAGAAGAUGCAAGCUCAAAAAUCUCAUUGAUGCAAACUGAAUUGUGUUCUAUAAAUAUAU